UUACGAUGCCAAUGGACAAACGCCAAGGUUUCCGGCCGAAUGUUUUUGCAGUCUAAAAGCGAAUAUUCGGUACCGAAGGAUGCGGUUUUCUGAGCUUGCAAACUCCACAGGCAAGUGGAUAUAUUCCUUCUAUGCAUGGCUCAAAAUGUCCAAUCGACUUCAGGCGAUGAUAUAUUCUGCUCCUGAGCAGGAAGAAAUAUUUGAAUUAGACUUCGGUCAAAGCAAGCCAAUCUCCGUUCGGAGAAAAACAAAAGCCAGAUAUGAAGUGGAUGACGCUUGUUACUCAAAAUGGAAUGUUUUGCCCGACAUACUUCUGGAGGAUAUAUUUUCCAGGCUUUCCAUACGAGAGCGAUAUUAUGCCUCCCAGGUUUGUCGAAACUGGAACAGGAUAUUUUAUUCCAAAAGAGUUUGGGAAACCUUUGUACUAGGUGAUAGGACUCUAACUAGAAGAAAGUACAAUUACUAUAUGGGAGAUCAAUAUGUGUUAGAUCAUCACAGAACACAACUUUGUCUACAUAGGGUUGCGCGUGGUGUCAGAAGGCUCAUCAUACAGAAAAUGGAAAAUUUCUACAAUUUAUACGAGUUUAUGACAAUUUUAUCAUAUUAUGGUGAAAACUUCGAAUCUCUGAACAUGAUCAGAACUUUUGAAUUUACAUUCGGAUGUGAGUUGGAUCCUGAGGUUUCACAAGGAAGGGAGAAAGUUUACGGCACAGGAGGAAAACUACUUGAAGCUUUAAAAAGGCUAUUGGAUGAUUUAAAAGGACUAAAACAUUUGACGCUGCAGGAUUUGCUUUUAGAAAAGGAGGAAGCAAAAUACCUUUUAGACGAUGUUGUCUACAAUUGCGGUGAAACACUAAAAACCUUAAAGAUCGUGAACUGUUCUAAAGAACCUUAUGCUAUGUUACAUCCAGCAUGUUUUGUAAAUCUUCAAAAACUCACCUUAUCUCCCCAACAUUUGGGAGACGAAACCUUGCUGCUUCUGGCAGAUACAAAACUUAAAGACUUAUAUUUAUUACAAACAAAACUCACAGAAUAUGCGCUUCCAGUAUCCUUCAAAGUAUGGAGAGAAUGCUCAAAAAAAUCUCCCUUCCUCAGAAUUCACCAUAUGUUGGAUGGACAAGUAGACACACAGGUCAUUUGGCAAGAUGGUGCUCCAGUUCGAUCACUGAUAUACAAUACACCAGAAAUCAAAGUUUCCAUAUCCUGCAUUUUCACUGCGUCAAAUAUUUACUGCAACACGCUGGAAGUGUUGGCUUAUUUAGGACUACCGGGCUAUCAUAUGCAGGAUAACUUUGAAGACAGACCUGACACUGCUUUGAUCCUCUUAGCACGCUGCUGUCCAUUUCUCGAUACACUUGUGAUACGUGAUAGGAUUUCUACAGCUACAGUUUUAAUUUUGGCCUCACAAUGCAGGAAUCUAAGGCGUCUAAUAGUGCGCCGAAAUGCCCUGAUUAAGAAAUGCGACUGGCCGCACAAUCCUGAAUGGACUGAUUCCUUCUACAACUGGCUCCGAAUGACUUCAGUAUCAUUAGAAAAGACAACAGAAGAAGUCAGGAGAAUGCUUGAAAUCAAAUGGCAUCCAUUAGAUGAUGACGAAUUCAAAUGGUUCAAAUUAUAAUUUGUAAAGUUUCAUGUGAUUCAUUUUUUUAAAACGUUGUAUAUUGUUCCUAUGGACAGAAUGUAAAGGAUUUGUACUUUCUAGAAAUGAUGGAGUUUGAGGUGGUUUUUAUAAUUUAGGUAUAUCCUUUCCAGCAUCCUGUGCGAAAAAGUUUUAAGAAUCAAGACACCUUAAGAUCUGGGACGGAGAUUCGAAAUACCAAGAGUUGUUAUAAAACUGGUUGGUUAAAAUGGUUCAAAUUAUAACAUGUAAAGUUUCAUAUGAUAAUUUUUUUAAAGUUGAAUAUGGUUACAGGAUGUAAAGGAUUUGUAUUUUCUAGACAAGAUGGAAUUUGAGGUAGUUUUUAUAAUAUAGAUACAUCCUUUCCUGUAGAGUAAUGAAACAUCCUGUGCGAAGAUGUUUUAGGAAAAAAGGUAACUUAAGCUUUGGAACGGAGAUUUUAAACAACAAGUUUUGUUAUAAAAUAUUUAUAAAAAGAUGUGAUUUUAUAAGAUUUUAAAUUAUUUUAACAGAUUUUUAUCAUACAAAUAAAGCAUUUCAUGUGUUCUAAUCAUGAUUAAAUCUGAUAGUUUUAAUCGAUUAUCUUUUAACCUCACAUCGUUUAAGAUAUGCAUUUAAUGCUUAACACUUAACAUAUAUUAGUUAAAAAUAUAUCAGAUUCGAAAUAUAUUUCAAAAAAUUCAUUAUAAUAUUAUUUCAUUCAAUCCCCAUUCAUAAUCCAUUAAUUAUUUAAAUAAGGUAAUGGGAUUUUUAGAUAAUUUUUAUUCUGGUCUCCAAUAUUGUAAAUGUCCAAUUUUACAUCACAUAUCUAAAUAAGUAUAUGAUCUUCUGUUAUCAAAAUUUUUCUUGUAUUAAUGAAGAAUAACUGAUUCUCUUGAGUGACUUCUAGCAUUACUUCACAACUUGCUUUAAUGUGAAAUAACUUAUGAUUUCACUUGAAACAUACACAUUGCAUUCAUUAAUAUUUGCCGCCCAGCAAAUAAUUUCUGAGAAUGAUGGAGUAGUUUAAUGAAAUAUAUUUGUACUCAUUAAAAUUUACAAAUUAUCUCGAAGUAAUCCUUAAAUAUAAACGAGUUAAAAUAUGCCAUGUAAAUAUUAAAUUCAUAAUGUGUUAUAUGUUACAUUCAUUAUAUACUACAUAUAAUGCAUUUAUUAUAUGUAACAUAAAAUAAAUUCUUAUAAAUUGGGUCCCAAUUCAUUUUCAACUUUAGGAAAUCUAUUUCAAAAGAAUUAGGACAUAUUUUAUAUUCUGUUUGAUAAAUUAAAAAAAAAUAAUUAACAAAGUUAUAAUUAUUAUGAAUAAUUAAGAAAUCUUAAUCUCAUUGAGAAGCGAAUAUAACAAUCUUUACCCAAUUUUACAAAUAUUAUGAUAAAACUUUUAUGAAUUAUAUGAAAAUUUUAAGUUAUUUGCUUAAAGACAGGGAGACUACGUAUUAUUAUAAAAUAACUUGUACUUUAUAUAAUUGUACUUUAUUACCCAUA